AUCGAAUCUGUACCAUAUUUAUAUCCAUAUUUAUUAUAGGCAAGGAAAUUAAACACUCUCCCCUAUUUCAAAACUAUUGCAAAUUCUAGCAUGUUAACCAAGAGAAAUGCAGAAAUGUUCACAAUCGCUUACAAAAUCUUGAUUAUGCUGCAUUGCUUGCUGCUUAGAUGUCUCCAAGAUACUAAUCAAAUUGAAUAUAGUUCCAGAAUACAUGUACAUAAGCCUCGGUAUAUAGUUGCUUUGCUAGUGAGGAAGUUGAAAAUCCAGAGUAUGCUAGUACUAAUCUUUCAAACCUGCGAGAAAUUUAAAGAUCGUAGUCUCCUUUAUUGGUCAAACAAGGUGCAUAAGAAAUUAGGGAAAUGCAACUGAAACUAGUAAAAAAUAAUUGCAUAAACACAUGAUGAUGCAUGAGUUACCACAUUACCAUGUCCAUGUGUCUCCCAGCCCAACAUGAGAUGGCCAAGAAAAAGUUACUUGACUAGGUUUUAGUUUGCUUUUCCUGUUCUGAAUUUACUUUGAAUUUUGAAAUUUGAAAUUUACGUCAUUACCAUUUGUUUUGAAAUCUUGCAGCAGUUGGUAAUAAUAUAAUCCACCUUCA